AGGCCCGCCCUGUCGGUUGCGCCCAGCCUCCUGCACCAGGAGCUGUCCUGCCCGCUGUGUUUGCAGCUUUUCGACGCGCCCGUGACCGCAGAGUGCGGCCACAGCUUCUGCCGUGCCUGCCUUAGCCGAGCGGCAGGGGAGUCGGCGGCGGACCGCACGGCGCCCUGCCCGUGCUGCCAGGCACCCACGGGCCGGCCGCAGGCGCUCAGCACCAACCUGCAGCUGGCGCGCCUGGUGGAGGGGCUGGCACAGGUGCUGCAAGGCCACUGCGAGGAGCACCUAGACCCGCUCAGCAUCUACUGCAAGCAGGACCGCGCGCUUGUGUGCGGCGUGUGUGCCUCUCUGGGUUCGCACCGCGGCCACCGCCUGCUGCCUGCAGCUGAAGCCCACGCGCGCCUCAAGACACAGCUCCCACAACAGAAGCUGCAGCUGCAGGAGGCACGUACGCGCAAGGAGAAGAGUGUGGCAGUACUGGAGCAUCAGCUGACGGAGGUGGAGGAGACAGUGCGUCAGUUCCAGGGGGCUGUGGGGGAGCAGCUGGGCAAGAUGAGGGACUUCCUGGCUGCACUGGAGGGUUCCUUGGACAGUGAAGCAGAGCGUGUGCGGAGUGAGGCUGGGGUUGCCUUGCGGCGGGAGCUGGGGAGCCUGAACUCUUACCUGGAGCAGUUGCGGCAGAUGGAGAAGGUGCUGGAUGAGGUGGUGGACAAGCCUCAGACUGAGUUCCUCAUGAAAUACUGUCUGGUGACCAGCAGGUGA